AUAAGUGAAAAAAUAAGUGGUGUUGAAGGAACGAAACUUGAUGAUGAAUUUCUGGAUAUGGAAAAGAAAAUAGACGUUACCAGCAAAGCCAUUGCAGAAAUUCUUUCAAAAGCUACAGAAUAUCUCCAGCCAAAUCCAGCAUACAGAGCUAAGCUGGGAAUGCUCAACACUGUGUCGAAGAUCCGAGGGCAGGUGAAAACCACCGGCUACCCACAGACGGAAGGCCUGCUGGGUGACUGCAUGCUGAAGUACGGGAAGGAGCUCGGGGAGCAGUCCACCUUCGGCAGUGCACUGAUAGAAGUCGGCGAGUCCAUGAAGCUAAUGGCUGAGGUGAAAGAUUCUCUUGAUAUUAAUGUAAAGCAAACUUUUAUUGAUCCGCUUCAGUUAUUACAAGACAAAGAGCUAAGAGAGAUUGGGCACCACCUGAAAAAGCUGGAAGGCCGCCGCCUGGAUUAUGAUUAUAAAAAGAAGCGAGUAGGUAAGAUACCAGAUGAAGAAGUCAGACAAGCGGUAGAAAAAUUUGAAGAGUCAAAGGAGUUGGCUGAAAGAAGCAUGUUUAAUUUUUUAGAAAAUGAUGUAGAGCAAGUCAGCCAGUUGGCCGUGUUUGUAGAGGCAGCGUUAGACUAUCACCGGCAGUCUGCGGAGAUUUUGCAGGAGCUGCACAGCAAGCUGCAGAUGCGAAUCACGGCCGCCUCUGACAUCCCCAAGCGAGAGUACCACCCAAGGCCCAUCAAAAGGAAUUCUUGUGAGUUCAAUGGGAUUCCUACCACCCCUUCAGUGAAGACAACAGGUUCUAACAUUCCCAUGGACCAACCCUGCUGUCGUGGUCUCUAUGACUUUGAGCCAGAAAACCAAGGAGAACUAGGAUUUAAAGAAGGGGACAUCAUUACAUUGACCAAUCAAAUAGAUGAAAAUUGGUAUGAAGGAAUGAUCCACGGGGAAUCUGGAUUCUUCCCCAUUAAUUAUGUUGAAGUGAUUGUGCCUUUACCUCAGUAA